AUGCUAGCCUCCUUACGACCGCAUUCACCCUCCGUCUUUGGCAUCAAGCGUCACUACCAGCACCCCUCUGUCAUUCAACCCGCUCACUCGGACAACGCCAAGCAGUCCCAAGCCGCACCCAUGGAAGGCCGUGGCGCCCCGCGCUACACCCCGCCGCCCCUCGUGCGUCCAGCACUCGUCGCUGACGUCGGCCAAGAUACGAUCGAGCCGAGACCGAGUCCGCAGUUGCGUCAACGCUCAUGGCACCACCCGUAUAUGCAGAUCAAUCGAGGUUCGUUGGGCCCGAGCCCACCUGCCUCGCUCGAACCAGGGGUGGGACCUUCCCGUGCCUACGAACGUUCAUCCUACGAUGGCCCGAUGGCAGACCCACGACACAGGUCGCCACCUCAUCGCCCCGAGCAUCUGCAUGCAGCGCCCGUGUCGAGGCCUCGCGCCGGCUCACGCGCCGACCUUCCAGGUCAUGCGCAGCCUCUCAACAUCGGGCCUAGGCCUGCUUACCCGCCAGGCGUCGAGCGUGCUGGCGGCAUCGGUCCCAAUCGCAACCGAGGCCGCUCCAACACUUUGACGCUACCGCACCCCGACGCCGCACGUGUGCGCGGAAACUCUUUCAUCGCAGGCCGUCGCCACAGUCCCUCCAACGGUCCGUACAGUGGCUACGAUGAGCCCGUACCGCCGCCAAGAUCUUGGGAGGAGGUGCGUUCCUACAGAGACAUGUUCCCACAUCAGCAAGCAAGAGACAUGGCAGAGCGUCGCUCGCCGGCACCUCGACCCUCUUCGAGGCAAUCCUCGAUGCUCUUUGCUCCUUUGAGCCCCAACCACGAUGCUCACCUCCAGCUUCCAGCCUCUAGAGUCUCUGGUCAGAUGGCGGCCAAGCUCAACGGCAAUCCCAGUGUCAUGACGCGCGGCGCCCAGUACCACUCGAGACCUGGCACACCUGUCUCGCCGCUCAACAUGGACAAUCUCACUAUGGAAGAUACACAUCUGCCGUCGGCUUCAGGUAUGGCUGCCCCCUUGUCUACAGGUCAGCAACGCUCGCCAGCCGACGCCCGCGCUCGCAGCGACUACUUUGGACCUGCCUCAACGGACUGGAGCCGAUCGAGCCACGGCGCCACCGACAAGGCUGGCAGCCCGCGCUUCGGCCCGUACACGUCCGCUCCACGUCAAGAUCCGAGAGACCAUCCCUACCGCGCACCGGGCAUGCUGCCUAACGAGGGUGUGUCUCCCGACACAGAAAUGCCCCGCUAUCAUUCUGCUGCGUAUGCCGCCACUGGCCAGCAGCCUCCUCUACAGCACCCUGGUCGCGCUGCGGUAGGCGCGCCAUCUGGUUUCCAUCCUGAAAUGUCUCGUGCCGAGCAGAUCGAACGCGAGCGUUUCGCCAUGGCGCAGCAUCGCGGCUCAUUCCAAGCCGCUUUCCCUGGCCAUGGCGGACCGCAAGAGUUUGGCUACCAAAGCGAAUUUGCGCCCCAGCAAGGUCGCAUGGGUCCUGGAGGCGGCUUUGUUGGCAACCCCGCUCAGCACGCCGUGCCCGUCGAUCGCAUUGCUCACAGUCGACGACGAAGACGCCCGCCGUACUCGUACUCGUCGAUGAUCACACAGGCCAUCUCGUCUUCUGCGGAAGGCCGCAUGACGCUGCGUGAGAUUUACACAUGGAUCAGCACCAACUUCACCGGCUAUCCCAUGUCUGGACCAGACUCCCAAGGCUGGCAGAACACGGUACGUCACAACCUGUCGCUGGGAAAGAUCUUCAUCAAGAAGGCGCGAACCGCCCAGGACAUCUAUGACAGCUGCUCUUCAGGCAACCCGUCGCAGAGCCAGGCAGCAAGGGGCAAAGGUGGUUGGUGGACGCUGCAUCCUGUCGUCCUCUCUCAAAUUCGCUCGGGUCAGCGUACGCACAAUGACGAGUUUGACGACUUGGAGCGUCUGGUCGAGAUCGAAAACGCCGCUGCUUCUUCUCGUGCCGCGUCUGUCUCUACUUUGAUGGGCAAUACGACGUCAACAUCCUCGGCCGACGACACAACCGUCUCGCGAAGAUUGUCUGCGGAUGCCGAUCAGCACAAGGCGCUGAGUCGACAGAGAAGCUACUCGGACUCGCUCAGGCCCGAUUCGGUUGACCAGCAUCGCCCAACCUCGAGCCAGCAUUCGUCCACGGCUCCCGUCAGUCGCCAAGGGUCAAUUGGUAUGAACCGCAAUGCACCAGCCGGCCGAUUGGCCUAUCCAACCCCACACGGAGUACAGCCAGUCAAGCACGAAGAAGGCAAUAGCGUUGCUUCUCGUGAAGACAUGCCAUCGGUACUGCAGCGCAGGUCCGGUUUUGAUGGGGACGGUCAUCUCUCUGCCUACACUCGGACGCGCGGCCACACGAUCGCUGUGCAUGGUUCGCCAUCGCACCAGUAUGUUUCGCGGCAGGACGCCGGCAACAUGAAGACUGAAUCGUACGCUUCCAUCGCGCGGCCCAUGACGGGCGUUGAUCCAAGCCCGAGGUAUUCGAUGAUACAGGCUCGUCAGCAAGUGGUCGAGGAUGUGGAUAUGGAGCCAUCCAUGCCACCGCACCGAGACUCAAGCCUCGUGCUGCAGGAAGCGCGAGAAACACUUGUCUCUGCGAAACAGCAGCAGCAACAACCCAGGCUGCAUAUGCGCAGGGAAGUUGAGGGAGCAGCUGAAGCAGCAUCAUCCGCCGACACACCCGACGGCGCUGCUAGGAUGGCCAUUCGAGGACUGCUCAACAGCUGA